GCUGUCACCACAUCUUGUGGCAGAGAAUUCCACACCUGCCAACUGGUCAUCUCUCUUGCCACCUACCCAUUUUAAAUCAUUCCUAGGUGAGAAUUGGCUGCUUAGCCAGUGGUCCUUGUGCUGCUUUUAUCCUCCAACCAAGAAGGGACAGACUGCACCUAUAAUAUAAAGUGGUACAAUCAGGAUUCUACUACCUCACAUUUUCUUGCAUAUGUAGACCAGGCCCAAGUUCCACUAAUUUCAGUGCAACCUUUAAGCAAAUAUGCAGAAAUCCUCCAACUCACAAUAUCCUGUGAAAUCCUUCAAAUAACAUGGUGAAGGCUGCAGUUGCAUUUUGGAAGUACCUUGAGGAUUCUGCUGGUAUGUUGACCUGAGUCCUUCUAUUGAAGAUGAAGCAGGAAGGUUCCCGAAGUGCAGCCUACACUGUGGAAUGUGAGGAUUAUGUGCAUGUGGUGGAGUUCAACCCAUUCGAGAGUGGGACUGCUGACUCACUCAUUGCAUAUGGUGGCAAUAAUUUUGUGGUUGUUGGGGCCUGCCGCUUCCUGGAGGAGGACACAGACUUGAAAGAAAUACAGUACAAUACUCUGAGGACAUUUCAACAUGGGAUUAGAGUUGAUGCCAUUGCGUGGAGUCCAGAAACUAAACUUGAUGCUCUGCCUCCUCAGAUACGAUUUUGCACUGCAGCCGCUGAUAGGAAAUUAAGGUUAUUCACAUCAGAUCUUCAAGCUAAGAAUGAAUUUCAGAUCUUUGAAGGCCACUCAGAUUAUAUAAAUGACCUAGUAUUUGCACCUAAGGAAGGUCAAGAAAUUGCAAGUGUAAGUGAUGACCACACCUGUAGGGUCUGGGACCUGGAUGGAAACUUGAGGGCUUGUUUUGUUCUGCGUUCUCCUGGAAUGAGUGUGGGCUGGCAUCCUGAAGAUGUAUUCAAGUUGAUGGUUGCAGAGAAGAAUGGAACCAUACGGUUCUAUGAUCUUGUGACCCAGCAGGCCAUUUUGUCUCUCACAACUGAUCAAACACCACUGAUGUCAGCUCACUGGUGCUUAAAAAAUACUUUUAGAGUUGGAGCAGUUGCUGGAAAUGACUGGUUUAUCUGGAACAUAACUCGAUCUAGUUAUCCUUUGGAAAAGAGACCUGUUCAUGCAGAUAGAGCAAGAUUGUUCAGGUGGUCCAGAGUCAAUGAAGACUUGUUUGCUACUACUGGCUAUCCAGGCAAAAUGACCAGUCAGCUCCUAGUUCAUCAUUUAGGACAUCCUCAGCCCAUCCUUAUUGGUUCUGCACCUGUGGGAUCUGGCUUGACCUGGCAUAGGACCCUUCCGUUAUGCGCUAUGGGUGGAGAUCAUAAACUCUUUUUCUGGGUGACCGAAAUGUAAACAUUUGUACAUGGUUAAUGUCUUGGCAAGGAAUAGUUCAUCAGAAGAAAUUUCAUUUAUUUUAGAUCACUGUUUACUAGCCAAAUUAUACAGGUUCUAAAUGACCAAUGCUAAAUACAAGGAACAAAGCACAUUGGCUGGUAUGUUUGUUUUAAUCGCAGAUGCAAUCAGCUCUAUUAAAGCAGGCUGUUCCCCCCCCAAAAGACCAUUUUGUAAUAAAAGGUUAUGUGUAUUUAUUUUUCUCA